AUGAGUGCGAUACUAUCUGCAGAUGAUCUCAACGACUUUAUUAGUCCUGGUGUUGCUUGCAUCAAGCCAGUUGAAACUAAAAAAACUAUAGAUCCGUCCCAUGCAAGGAUUGAAAUCUCCAUGGACGGCGUCCCCACAGAAACCUUGGAAUCAGGACAAUCAACCACCUUAGAAAAGGCACAGAUCUCUCUCAGUGACUGCCUUGCAUGUAGUGGUUGCAUAACUUCCGCAGAAAGCGUGCUGGUAUCUUUACAGAGCCAUGAAGAACUUCUUUCGAGUUUGAAAAACUCAGCAGACAAAAUUUUUGUUGCUUCUAUUUCUCACCAAGUCCGUGUGUCUCUCGCAGCUGCCUACGGUAUCUCCGUGGCCCAAGUGGAUGCCAAACUUCAAAACUUGUUAGUCGACACUUUAGGAUUCAAGUACGUUGUUGGACUAGAGGUCGGACGUGUAAUUUCUCUUGCUGAAUCAUUCCGAGAAGUUUCUACCAAAUCUAUCGGCAAACCAGUUCUCUGCAGCAGCUGUCCUGGAUGGACAUGCUAUGCUGAAAAAACCCAUCCUCACAUUAUACCAUAUCUUUCGCAUGUCAAAUCACCCCAGCAAAUUACAGGAACCCUGAUAAAAGAUUUGAUUCACAAGGAAACUGGUGUUUCCAAGGACAAAGUUUACCAUUUGAGUAUUAUGCCAUGCUUUGAUAAAAAGUUGGAAGCUGCACGGCCGGAGUUUGGCCAGGAAACAGAUAGUGUUCCUGAAUAUAGAGAUGUUGACUGCGUUAUUACAGCUAAAGAGAUUGUUUUACUACUGAUGAAUGAAGGAAUGUCUUUUGAAUCACUAAAGGAUACCCGCGAGUCAGUAGCACCUUCACCAGUGCUAUGGCCAGCCAACGAGCAAUGGCUUUCACACAUGGGGUCUUCUUCAGGAGGCUAUCUUGAUUAUAUUUUAGCAGCUGUUCAAGGCAGAAUCAGCAAGCCUACUCAAAUCCAAAUAAUUAACGGCAAAAAUGCAGAUGUUGUCGAGUUAAGAGUAGUUUCUGAAGACAACGAAGUACAUUUCAGAGCAGCACGGAUAUACGGGUUUAGAAAUAUUCAAAAUCUUGUGCGGAAAUUAAAGCCGACUGGCAAAAAACCAGGAGGAAACGCAGCGGUGCGGGCAAAGGUUACUGCUCGAGCUACAGCUCGCGGGGCUGGUCGCCGCAGAGCUGCCGCUGAGGAGUCUGGUGAAUCGCUUAGUGAUCCGUCCCAGCUUGACUAUGUUGAAGUCAUGGCAUGCCCUGGUGGGUGUCUCAAUGGUGGCGGUCAGAUUGGCGUUCCUGAAGACAAGAACCAAAAGGAAUGGAAACAGCAGCUGGAGGAUCUCUACCAAAACAUGCCUCAGAUUGACGCUUCCAACUGGGCUGAUUUUAUCGAGCAAAAGGCUAGCGAUUGGACUACUAAGCUUUCGAUUGAUUCCACCCAACUGUCCGUGGAGUACCAUGCUAUUGACGAUAUCCUGAACCCGUCAUCGCAGUCGCCUGCAGCUGCAGUUGCUGCCACUCCACUUGCUCUGGGGGCCAAGUGGUAG